GAUCAUCUUCUCUUUCAACUCGGCACUGCUCCAGAAGCAAAGCCCCAAUUGGCUGUCAGUUCAGCAUUCAGGCAUCCAGGCUCAGGUUCUGAGUCCACUGGUCUGUAAAGAUGGAUUUCCAACACAGAGCCGGUGGCAAGACCGGCAGUGGUGGGGUUGCUUCGGCCUCGGAGAGCAACCGAGACCGCCGGGAGCGCUUGCGGCAACUCGCUCUGGAAACUAUAGACAUCAAUAAGGAUCCAUACUUUAUGAAAAAUCAUUUGGGUUCAUAUGAAUGCAAACUGUGUCUCACACUUCAUAAUAAUGAGGGGAGUUACCUUGCUCACACACAGGGAAAGAAACACCAGACUAAUUUAGCAAGAAGAGCAGCUAAAGAAGCCAAAGAGGCCCCUGCCCAACCAGCCCCCGAGAAAGUAAAGGUAGAGGUGAAGAAGUUUGUUAAGAUUGGGAGACCAGGUUACAAAGUAACAAAGCAGAGAGAUCCUGAAACUGGCCAACAGAGUCUGCUUUUUCAGAUUGAUUAUCCUGAGAUUGCAGAGGGCAUAGGGCCCCGGCAUCGGUUCAUGUCUGCAUACGAGCAGCGAAUCGAGCCUCCCGACCGGCGCUGGCAGUAUCUGCUCUUGGCCGCUGAGCCCUAUGAGACCAUUGCAUUUAAGGUUCCAAGCAGAGAGAUAGACAAAUCAGAAAGCCGUUUCUGGACGCAUUGGAACAAGGAAACGAAGCAAUUUUUCCUGCAGUUCCACUUCAAGAUGGAGAAGAUUGUUUCCCAACCCAGCCAAGUGCCCCCUGCAGGUGUGAAGCGCCCGCCUCCCCUCAUGACUGGCCUUGGGCCUCACCCGCCCAGCGAGGCAGUACCUCCUCCACCUCCCGGGGGCAUGCCGGGUAUGCCGCCCCCGCCACCCAGUGCCCCUGCUCCUCCACAAAUGCCCCACACCCCUGGCAUGCCUCCUCCUGGUGCGCUGCCUCCACACCUGCGACCACCACUGCCGUCUGAUGGACCAGGAGGGAUCCCUCCUCCACCAACCAACUGAGUGUGUGACAUUGGAAAUUUGUAUUUACAGUGGAUUUGAUUGAUUUUGUUCAGCAGUUGGUCUGAAUACAAUUUUCUAUACCAGUCUAAUUUUUGUAAAUACACGAAGAAGAGGUUCAUGUACAUCAGGUUAUUAUGGAUGUUUUUGUAAUGUUUUAAAACCGUAUUGCUUCGUUUUACCCAGUACCACAGCCCUCUUGAAAGAGUUCGAAGACCCUUGUAAAUCAGUGAAUUUAAACAUGUGGUGUGGUAUGGUAUGGUUUUUAUCCAGCUAAUACAGGGUCAAGUUUAGAGCAGCCAUGGUCUGACGCAGACUGGUGCUACCAUAACUGGAGCCUGAAACUAGCUUUUUGAUCUGUGAGUCUAGAAUCUACUGAACAGUUUAAAAUAGUUUUUUUUUUUUUCCUUCCCUUUUUUAAAAAAAUCAAUAGAUCUCACUUGUAACGCCAUCAAAGUCAGCUGACCCUGAGUCACCAACUUGUGUUCUUUCAUGAAUAAAAUAUAAGAAGCAAAUUCAUGAUUUUAA